UAUCAUUCAUAGAGUAUUGAAUCAUAUAGUACUGGACGGUAUUAAUUGUGUCAAUCAUAUUAAUUGUAUCGUAUCAAAUUAUAUCAUAUCGAAUUGUAUCGUAUUGUACCGUAUCGUAUUGGAUCAAAUUGUAUUGUAUCAAAUAGCAUCGUAUCGAAUUGUAUCGUAUCGUAUCAUAUCGAAUCAAAUUGUAUUGUAUCGCAUCAAAUCGUAUCGAAUCGUAUCAAAUUGUUUUGUAUCAAAUUGUAUCAAAUUGUAUCGUAUUGUAACUUAUCGUAUUAUAACGUGUCAUUCUGUAUUGUACCGUAGCAUCUCACAAUGUAUCAUUUCGUGAAGUAUCGUAUCUUAUAGCAUCAUAUGAAUGAAGCAUAGAAGAACAAAGUUUUUUUUAAUGAUCCAAUCUGAUAUCAUCCUGUCAAUCCGUAUGAACCACCGGGUUCUUGGGGUCACCAAGACUGUUUAAGGUGAAUUUGUUUUGGAAAGUUCCACCGGACUCUAUCACCGAAAAGAGGCCACUCCAUAUCACAACACGUACAAGCCUUUAUUGUUAUCUCAGAACAAUAUGGUAAUCUGUAAUUGAUUUCUUCGUCACAGAUUAUUACACAAUAGCAGCAGCAGCAGUCUCUUAAUAUCUAAUUCCAUGUUUGUCUUGUUUAAUGUUGCCAAGUGCUUCCUCAUGGCGUGGACGUCUGUAAAUAUUACAACAAAGAGUAAAGUUAGGUGUUUUGUAAUGAGUCGGCACUAUACUGAUAAAACCUGAUUGAUUCAUGAAUGGAAAUAUGGGUGAUAGGUGGUAGACUGAGCUGUUCCUGCAAAUAAGUUUCUCUUUGUUUUCCCUCAAAAUCCCUUUAGAUUUUUCACCCUCUUUCAGGAAACCACCAGACGUCUUGGAUCGGGUUUAUCAUUGCUGAAGUGCCGUGCGUUGAUUCCUAGCAUCUCUUUCUUGACCUUUAAACAAACAAAUUCGCAGACAACAAAUCUGCUCUCGUCUUUCAAGUCGACAGCUUUGUCUGAAAUGCGGGUUAAGAUUUAUCUGAAUAUUAUCAGCGUGUUGAACUCGCUGUGCCCUGGAUUUGGCAACGCUGACCCAGCAGCUAUCAGGAAGAUAAUUAAUGAAGACACACAAACACAGAAACCAUGGGACACGCCGGUUAACUGAAGAGCGUUUGGGAAAAAGUUAAACUGUAGCCUUAAAUCAGACAAAUUACAAGCUGGUAAUCCUCCAAAAGAUUUCAAAAUACUGGGUGUGACGCCCAAUAGUCGACCUUGACCUUGAGAUUCCCAAAUAAAACAAUUAAACCUACAAGGUGUUUUAGCUUUUUAUAAAAAGUAUUCUCACCUGAGCAUGAAUCGUAGAGGAAAAAUAACUCAAAGACCAACAUCUCAUUCAAAAAAUCAACUUUUUAGUGUUUUAUUGUUUACAAUAUUCAUCUCUUUCUUGUGAUUGGAUGGAUUUCAAAGGAAAACGUGAUCCAACACGCCUGAUAAACAUACCCAGCGCAGUGCCAUUAGGAGUGACACAUGACCAUUGGACCCUGAGAAUGAGCCGAUAAACACCUGUUCAGUUUCAGGGGUGUAAAAGGCUGCUAAAAAAAAAAAAAAAAACAGGGACGAUAGAGUUUGUGUGUGAGGGGGAGGAGGGAAGAGAGGAGGGAGUCAUAUAAGCCAUUUUACAUAUCUGUGGAGCUGGGCACAUCUCACAGUGGCAGACAAGAGUCAACACUCUCACAGACACACACUGCCUUCAAAAUAAGAGGUUCUGAUUUUGAAGACAAAUUCUCCUGAAACAAAAUCAAACCAGAUUUGGAUUUACUUUUUUUUUUUUUUUUGACUGCCGAGCUGAGGAAGGAUCAUGGAUCCGAUUGUGGAAGUAGUGGCUUUUAUUUUAGGGUUCAUCGGUUGGGUGAUGGUCGGGGUCGCCCUGCCAAACCGCUACUGGAGGUCCUCUACCGUGGACGGGAACGUCAUCACGACCUCCACCAUCUAUGAGAACUUGUGGAUGUCAUGUGCGACGGAUUCAACCGGGGUGCAUAAUUGCAGAGAGUUCCCUUCUCUGUUGGCUCUGAGCGGUAUGUUGACGAAAAAAACAUCAAAAACGCAAAUACAUAUUAUAAUCAUAUCAAAAUGAUUAUUUUCCUGUGGUGAACAAAGGUCAUGCAUUACGGUAAUGUCUGUUUUAUACGACAAUUCCAAGAUUUAUGGCGCCUUAAACAUCCCAAACUCAUUGAACUUCAAUGUCUAUAAAAAAUGCUUACAAGUCAACAUCGACGUAAGAUAAGAUUAUAUCACAUGAUCCUAAAAGCUGACGAGUGAAAUCUAGUGAAUGUGGUGACUCUUUCUGUAAACUUCCAGGCUAUGUCCAGGCGUCUCGUGCCCUCAUGAUCUGCUCUAUAGUAUUGGGCACCUUUGGACUGGUGGCGGCCCUGAUAGGAAUGCAGUGCUCAAAGGCCGCGGAUGACAACCCCAUUCUCAAAGGGAGGAUUGCUGGCACAGCCGGAGUCCUUUUCAUGCUGCAAGGUACCAAGUUGAUAAAACACAUUCAAUUAAAAGUACUUUUAAGGAUGUAAGAGUUAAGAAGAAGUUGUGCUCUUGGUGGUGUUUAUGGCUCGUUAAAUUUCUCUUUAACUACUUUUUAUUAUCGUCAUUCAGUUAUUGCACUUUCAAAUCAAUAAUCUAUAAAUUCCCUCCCGGUUUCCUGCAAGACUUUGGACUUCUUUGUAUCUCUCCAGAUGCUGCCAGCUGCCUUUUAUUGAUUAAAAAGUAUCUGAUUGUUUUUUUUCUUUUUUCUAAAGGCUUGUGCACAAUGAUCGCGGUGUCCUGGUACGCCUUCAACAUCACUCAGGAAUUCUUUGACCCCUUUCAUCCCGGGAUAAGGUAAGAUUGUGAUGUUUGUUGUAUUUUCGUGGUGGAAAGAGGGUCAACUAGAAGUCUGAUCCUGGUGCUCACAUGAGUCUGCCAUGUGUUUCAGGUACGAAAUAGGAGAAGGGCUUUACAUCGGCUGGUGCUCGGCCGUGCUCGCCAUCGCCGGGGGAGCCUGUCUCACCUGCUCCUGCAGAAUUGGCCGAGAGGAAAACUAGUGAGUGUCCAUAUUUGAUACCAACCAGUGAUAAAAAACAUGAGGCAAUAAAUCUAUUAAUAGAAUAGAUACAAUAGUGUGCAGACUAGGAAUGGGCAUUUUAAGGAAGUCCCUCUGUCGAUUAAUCAUCGAUACAUUAACGGUCAAUCAUCAAUACAUUGAAAAUACGCAAAAAAACUGGUUUUUCCUUUGAAACAACCCCCCCAACUGUUGUUCAGGCCUGCACGCUACAUGCUCACUUACGCUUCCUACCUGCCCGGAUACCGUAAUAAUCUUUUUUUUUUCUCAUUCGUGAAAUGCUAAAAUCAGCGACAUUUCUGGGGAAAACUUUAGCCAAGGACAGGUCAUCCAAAAUGGGGACUGUCCCUAGAAAUCGGAGAUGAGAGCACUCGGAAGAUUCAUUAAAGUCAGUUGGAUGUGUUUGGAUCAAUGGUACAUCAUUAGCAUCAUUGUCGAGUUGUACUUUGCAGCAAACCUCAUCAUCAUUCCGCUCGAAACAGUCCCACAUCACAAUUCGCCUUGCUUGUUUUCAUUUUGUUUUUUUUUCCCGCUGUAUCACUCCCCUUGUAACAUGUCAAAAUCCCAUCGUACGGUUUUAGUCACUGCGUCGCUUCAACACACACAGGCUGAAUCUCAAUCUCCUCCCUAAACCCUGAGACCUCAUUGACUUGAGUGACUGCACCUGGAAAGUGAUUGAGUGAACGAGGCAACUUUGGGACCUUUAUUUUAUGCUUUUUUUUACACUGCUUUGCUUUACUUUUUUUUAAGAUACCUACACGAGAACUUCUUUUUUGCGGCAUCAUGUGUUUUGUUGACUAAUUCGCUCGUUUCACUUCCCUUUUAUAGCGGCCGCAAGCUGGUUGCCUCGGAGAUUCCUGCCAAACGUCACAGUGCAAUAAGCGAUGGGUAAUUCCCUCAUACUAACUCUACAGAUAAGACAAUUGGGUUUUCUGACUCUCCCUGCGCUACUUACAAUCUGUUAUUUUUUGUUUCUUUGUAUACUUUUUUAAACUGUGCAAAAACAAAAUAAAACAAUAAAUAAACAGAGAUGCCCACUAGCGAAAAGGGUGCAUGAAGGGCUCAAAAAGUCAAUGCGAUUGCGAUUUGACAGUGGGACAGUUCUAAGCCCUCACGGACUUUGCGGGAGCGCGUUAAAGUCAGUGAGUGUCGACACUGAGAUUGGGCCAAACACUGAUUGGACCAUAGACUGUAUAUAAAAUGGACGCCGUCUGCCUCCUUGCUGGGUGAAGCCACCGAGAGAACAGCACCCUCUGGUGACGGGCUGCAGUAUAGGUCAUAAAUCCCGCCUCCUCCUGCAAUCCCUAUGGAGCUGUGGACCAACUCUAGAACCAACAGAACAAAAUAAAUAAAUAAAGCUGUCAGCCCUCAUUUAAUAACGUUAGAACGAUCAAGAUUUUGCAUGAUUGACUUAAUUCUUAAUGAUUAAUUAAUAAAUCAUUGAUUAGUCGUGCCCAUUCCUUGUGCAGACGCUGCACAUCAGUAUACAAGAGGAUUGAUUUACUUACAAUAUCAAUAUAUCAAGAAAUUUAUCAAAGAAACAUACAUAACUGUGACAUAAGGGUUAUAUGCAUGUAUAAAAUUCACAUCUAUUUGUUUUUUACAAGCUGGUAAAACUUGAAUAAUGUGUUUUUGCCGUGAUUGUUUUUGCUUUGUGUCUCAAAACACUUCCAAGAAAAACAUCAUGACACUCUUGCACCCUCUAGUGGUGCAAGAGUGUCCCCACUUCACCUCCACUUUAAUUCUUACCUCCAUGAGACACCCAUGUUCACAACAGAAUAAGUUUUUAUGAGAUUUGCAGCUGUAAAACGCUUGAGUGAGGCUAAAAAUACUGAGAUAAAAGAUGGGAUAUGAUUAACUAUGAUUUUACUGUGCUGUCUGAUUGUUAGUCAGUAAAACAUCAGUAAAAAUAUAACAGAGUGGAAGGAGUGCCUGGGUCGAUAAAAGCCUGGCUAGACUUCAGACUAGUUAGAGCUACCUUAGGGGGAAUUUCGACACUUUAAUACAAUUCAGUAUGAUACAAAAAAAACAAUAUUAUACAGUAUAAUACAACUUAACUUAACUUGUAUCCUGAUUAUUUGUUUCUUCAUUUACAGCCCGAUGCCUUAUCAGACCAGAGGGACUGUAUAUUCUGGACCAGCUCAGACCCGAAGUGUGGCUGCCAGUACUUACGGCCGAAAUGCUUACGUCUGAACAGAAACUGAAAAAGGAACCUGAUCUUUCACAUGUGCCUGGAUCGGACUUUUCAUUAUGUUGGAUUUGUACAUUUCAGAGGGACUUUUUUCCCCCCAUUACUGCUGAAAGUGUUCUGUCUGUUAAACCGUUGAACUGUGUUUUAUGACAAUAUCUCGUGAGUUUUCUGCACAAAUGAUACCGUUGAAUUGAUAGUGUUAAAGUUGUCAAAGUUGUAAAGUGCCUUGGUUCCACAUCACACAAACAUAUGUACACUUCUGAUUAUUCUAUUUAUGCUUCUCUGAUGGUGUUAGCACAGAAACAUUUACACACAGUCACUUUUUUCUAAAGGUAUGCAAUCGUUUGAUAAUCUGUACACUUCCUAUUGGACUGUUGUCGACUUUUUCUUGUACAGUUUUAUAGAAAGUUCUUGCGGAUGAAGGAGUAUGACGCGU